UGCGAGGAUAAUAAACCUUUAUCAUUAUUAAGAUUAUGAGGAUAAUAAACUAAUACAUGGAAGAAGGAGAAAAACGAAGUGUGGAGGCUGCGAGUUGAAAAGAAGAUAGCUGCGUGUGAAGGCGGCUAAGAUAAUAAAAGAGACCAUUUCCAUCGCAUGAGUUGUGAGCUACAGCCAGGAGAGAGGGUUGUUAAAUUAAAACGAGCGGAUAUAUCAGACAACAGCAGGAAGAAAAUUACAGACAAAGAAAUUGUGGAAUUUUUAGACUGGUAUUGAUCGGAAUGGAACCGGGGCUCUGCUCUGCGAAUUGAAAGCGAGGAGGAUCGCACCGAUUGGCUCUGCUCUGCGAUUUGAAAGCAAGGAGAUCACACCGAUUGGCUCUGCUCUGCGAAUUGAAAGCGAGGAGGAUCGUGAAAGUGGCUCUGCUCUGCGAAUUGACGGCGCUUUUGUUCGCACCUUGAAAUUGGACGCUGGAUCACGCUCGCGGGAGUACUCUUGCGUCUACGUGGAGGGGUUUAUCUCCUCCACCUGGUUUGCACCUCCUAAUUCGCCCAUCUACUUUCUCUUUAUCUUUCUUUCUUUCUUUUUCUCCUCUGCAUUUAUUUCAAGUUACUCCACACCCCAUCUGCCCCACCCAGCGCCCCCUAACACUGGUUUCCGAUGGAACCGGAGUCAGACGGUGUUAAUACUUCUAACCCUAAACCCUGCCCGCAUACCACUCCAGCCCUAAAAAAAUCCUUCGCUGAGAUCGUCGCUCCGUUUGCCGAUGGAGUCCGCUCGUCGGCACACUUCAUUAAGGCUCCUGCAAACGAAGGAUCCAGUAAGGCAGGUCUGUUAUGUGAUGAACCUCGAGAGAAACAAGCUACUACGAUUCGUGAAAGAUGGCAAAGCAACCAUGUUUGUUCAUGAGAUGCAAAACGGGUACGAAUGGGCUAGAAUUGCAGAGAACCAGACCUCUUUUGACAAAGCAGUGAAGAAGCUGAUAAAGGAUCUACAAGACAGUAGGCCUCCCCCUUUCAACAGGAUUGAGAUGUGCUCCCAGAUUCUAGCAAGAAAGAAGGUGGUCUGGAUGGAAGGAGAACAAGGCUGGACUAUGUGGCUAGAGGAUCGGGAUGAGAUCCUCCAAUACUGAACUAUUUUGUUAUGUCCCUUCUUUUUGGCUAGAGUGAUAAUUGUAUAUAAUCCUUUCUCUGGUUCUUCAGUUUGGCGGUGGUGGCCCCGCCCCCCGCUCACUAGUUUUGUAUAAACUCUACGUCUAAGUUUCUUUGGACUCUCGAUAUUUAAUACAAAAAAAACAAAAAAAUUAUAUCUUCAAAUUCA